AUGAUGCCAAGUAAAAAAAUAAUAUAAAAAUAAAAACAUGAACAGUAGACAAAUAAAGAAAGUAGAUUCGAAUGUAUGGGCACCAUUUUCGUCUCAAUGGACUCAUAUUUUACCAAGUCCCAUGAGUUCUGACUCCAUUGGCCUUGUGGUUGUGUUCAAAAAGUUUAGCCAUUUAUGAUCAUACAAUAAGCUACAUUGCAGGGAGCAGCAAGUUGAUAAUGAGUUGAUAAUCCUCAACGGUCAUUCUUAAUUGUUUUGAUCCUUUAUUAAUGGCCUACCUGUACAUAUAUCAUGACUCUUUCAAGAAUAAAAAAUAAACAAGAACCACACAUGAUGCUGCAGGAUGAAAAAAGUGGCACCUAAAUACACGGUACAUUAAAAGCGCAACUGUACAAUUAAACUGAGUCCUGUGAUUUAUGUAGCCUACCAAUCUACCUGAAGCGUGUUCUUGUUCAUCCAACUUCAUUUUUAAACACUAUGAAGGUCUUGAUACUAUUAACAAUCACUUCAGUAUUGGUACUUGUUUCCCUUGAUAAAGUUGUUUCACAUCCAAGUCCCUAUCCAUUUGAUGCAAUUUUCAACUUUGGUGACUCUUUAAGCGACACCGGCAAUUUCCUUGCCUCCGGCGCCAUUUCGUACCCGGUCAUUGGAAAGCUUCCUUAUGGUGAAACCUUCUUUCGACAUGCAACUGGCCGCUGCUCAAAUGGACGACUGGUGAUUGAUUUCAUAGCUGAAGCAUAUGGGCUGCCAUAUUUGCUACCAUAUUUGAAACUAAGCAAAGGCCAAAAGAUCCACCAUGGAGUAAAUUUUGCCGUGGCUGGAGCCACAGCACUUGAUGCAGAAUUUUUCAUCCAAAAAGGACUUGGAAAAUUUCUGUGGUCCAACAAUUCAUUGAACAUUCAGCUGGGCUGGUUCAAGAAGCUGAAACCUUCCCUCUGUUCAACUAAACAAGAUUGUGAUAGCUACUUCAAAAGGUCACUGUUUCUAGUGGGGGAGAUAGGUGGUAAUGAUUAUAAUUAUGCUGCUCUUGCUGGGAAUAUCACUCAACUUCAGGCUAGCGUUCCUUUUGUUAUUGAAGUAAUAUCAAAGGCCAUUCGUGAAUUGAUAGCUGAAGGAGCGAUGGAGCUCUUGGUACCUGGGAAUUUGCCAAUUGGAUGCUCUGCUCUGUAUCUGACAUUGUUUAGAAGCAGGAACAUGGAGGACUUUGAUAAACAUGGAUGUUUGAAAGUUUUCAAUGGUUUCUCAGAAUACCAUAACAAGCAGCUCAAUCUUGCCUUGGAGACACUAAGGCACAAGUACCCUCAUGUUAGGAUAAUGUAUGCUGACUAUUAUGGUGCAGCCAAACGUUUCUAUAAUGCACCAGGACACCAUGGGUUUAUCAAAGGGGCCUUAAGAGCAUGUUGUGGUGGAGGUGGACCUUACAAUUUCAAUAUUUCAGCAAGGUGUGGUCAUAUUGGUUCAAAAGCUUGUGCAGAUCCGUCCACACAUGUAAACUGGGAUGGAGCUCACUUAACGGAAGCAGCUUAUAGGCAAAUCGCCAAAGGUCUAACUAACGGUCCUUUCAUAAAUCCCCCCCUCCCCCUCAACCCCUCUCCCUUUAAGAUAGUCUAGAGUCAUUGUUGUUAGUUGCGGAUAGUGGCCUAUGAUAGAGGGUAAAAAAAAUGCCGGAUAUGACAAAUAAUGACGGUCUAUGGCGAGAUAUUGGCCAUGGCAGAGAGCCGAAAAAACCACCAUGAGAACUUGUUUCGCCGAUAUUUGAUUACACUGCUUAGAUUUGAUGACAAUGCUUAAAGUGGACGCAAUUAUCUCUCUGCCUCAGGGGAAAAUGUAUAACAGUGACCUCCAAAUAUGAUUAUGUUUGUCACUUGAUUUCUUAUUCUA